AUGCCAGGCAGAAACCACACUGUAGUGACAUAUUUCAUCCUCCUGGGAUUCUCCAGCCUCUCGGAGAUGCAGGUGUUGCUCUUUGUGCUGGUGCUGACCUCCUUCACUAUCACACUGAUGGGGAACAUCCUCAUUAUGCUUAUCACAACACUGGACCGGUCCCUCCACACCCCCAUGUAUUUCUUCCUCCGGAACCUGUCCUUCCUGGAGAUCUGCUACACCUCCGUCACCAUCCCCAAGAUGCUGGCCAACCUGCUGGCAGAGAAGAAGAGCAUUUCCUUCACUGGCUGUGCCACUCAGCUGUAUUUCUAUCUGUUCUUCGCCACAGCAGAGUGCUACCUCCUGGCAGCCAUGGCUUAUGACCGCUACAUGGCCAUCUCCCAUCCACUACGUUACACUGCCGUCAUGAGCAACAGAGUCUGCGUUCUGCUGGUGGCCGGGUCCUAUGUUGCAGGCAUCCCCGUCUCCUUUGGGCAGACCACGCUGAUAUUCAGCCUGCCCUUCUGUGGGCCCAAAGAGAUCCACCACUUCUUCUGCGACAUCCCCCCUCUGUUGAGGCUGGCCUGCACCGAUACCUACUCGAAUGAAGUGGAGAUAUUUGUGGUGGCCGUGCUGGUAGUCAUGGCCCCCUUCCUGCUGAUCCUCGUGUCUUAUGCCCACAUCAUGGUCACCAUCCUCAAGAUGUCUUCUGCUGAAGGCAGGCGCAAAGCCUUCUCCACCUGCUCCUCUCAUCUGGUGGUGGUGACUAUGUUCUUCGGCUCUGGCAGCUUUAUCUAUUUCCGACCCAAGGCGAGUUAUGGAGGGGACAGUGACAGAGUAUCUGCUCUGUUAUACAUUGUCCUCACGCCCACACUGAACCCCAUUAUCUACAGCCUUAGGAACGAGGAGGUGAAGGGGGCUCUGAGGAGAACUUUGGGGAGAAGAUGUUCUAACAUCCAGGACUGUUCAUUGGUUGCUUAG